UAAACGAUUAUAUGUUUCUAUAAUACAUGUAAGCGAUAAAAUUAAUUGAUUGUAUUUCUAUUUUAAAAUAAUUAUUUAUUAAAUAAUGACAGAACCAAUUGCAACAUCAGAAAAAUCAAAAAAAAUUAAUGUAAUAAGUAAACAAACAAUUCAUCAAAUUUGUUCUGGUCAGGUGGUGCUUGAUCUUGCAACUGCUUUAAAAGAACUCGUGGAAAAUAGUUUAGAUAGUAAUGCUACAUUAAUUGAUAUUAAAUUGACAGAUUAUGGGAAAACAUGUAUUACCGUCAGUGAUAAUGGAAGUGGUGUCUUAGAACAAGAUUUUGAAGGAUUAGGAUUAAAACAUCAUACUUCUAAAAUUCGAGAAUUCUCAGAUUUAACAGAAGUAAAUACUUUUGGAUUUCGAGGAGAAGCUCUUAGUUCACUUUGUUCUUUAGCUGAAUUAAGUAUUAUUACAAGACAUUGUACAAGUGAACAUGGUUUUAAACUACAAUUUGAUCAUAAUGGUUUAUUACAAAAAAAAGAACCAUGUGCAAGAGAAAUAGGAACAACUGUACAUGUGAAAAAUAUAUUUAAAUGUCUUCCUGUGAGAGUAAAAGAAUUUCAAAGAAAUCUUAAAAAGGAAUAUAUUCGUGCUAUUCAAAUAUUGUAUAGUUAUUGCUUGAUUUCUACUGAAACAAAGAUAACGUGUACUAAUUCUGUCUCAGGCAAAACUUCUAAUCUUGUAGUUAAUACUGUUAAUUCUAGUAACAUUUUAAAUAAUAUUAAUAUAAUAUUUGGCAAAAAAUCUUCAAAUGGACUUAUUAAAAUUGAAUUAUUAUCUCCUGAUGAACUGACAUUACAAGAAUAUAAUUUACCAAAUAGUAUAAUUGUAGAUUUUGAAUGGGAUUGCUAUAUUAGUAGUUGUGAACAUGAUGUUGGACGUUUUACUUCUGAUAGACAGUUUUUUUAUAUAAAUGGUCGGCCAUGUGAUUUAAUAAAAAUUGGUAAAUUAAUAAAUCAAAUUUAUCACAAAUAUAAUAAUAAACAAUAUCCGUUCAUUUUUCUGAAUUUAAAAUUAAAUAAAUAUUCAACUGAUAUUAAUGUAACUCCAAAUAAAAGAACUAUUUUUUGUACACAAGAAAAUUUAAUAUUAGCAACUUUAAAAUAUAGUUUAACAUCUAAGUGGGAUAAAUUACAAGGAAAUUUAACUGUAAAUCCUCUAUCUAAAUUAAAUUUUGGAAUAAAAAGAACAAUUUCACCUACAAAUGAAGAUCGAUCAAUAAAAAGAUUGCAUAAAUUAAAUGAAAUAUCAAAUACAAAAUAUACAAUAAGACAAAAUAUACAAUCUGAUAAUGAAAAUAAAAUUAUUGAAUAUGAUAAUUCACAAAAUAACAUAUCAAAUGAAACAAAAAUAUUAAAUAGCAUAGAAAUGCCAAUAAGUAUUUUAACAAUAAAACAAAAACUUCAAGAAAAACAAAAUAUUUUACCGAAAUAUGUGACUUCAAAUACAACAAUCAAAUUUAAGGCAAAAAUGGAAGCAAAUGAAAAUUCAAAAGCUGAAAAUGAAUUGAAAACACAAUUAACAAAAGAUUCUUUUUUCAAGAUGGAGAUUAUAGGUCAAUUUAAUCUUGGUUUUAUAAUAACACGUUUAAAAGAAGAUCUUUUUAUUAUUGAUCAGCAUGCUAGUGAUGAAAAAUAUCGUUUUGAAAAACUCAAUAAUGAAACUCAAUUAAAAACUCAAAAAUUAAUUAUUCCUAAAUUUUUAAAUAUUUCUGCAGUUAAUGAAACAAUAUUAAUUGAAAAUCAAAAAACAUUUGAAGAUAAUGGUUUUUUUAAAAUAAAUUCUGAAGCUGAAUCUGGUCAUCGUGUUCAACUCACAGGAAUACCAGUUAGUGGUUAUUGGCAAUUUGGACAAGAAGAUAUUGAAGAAUUGAUUUUUCUUAUUAGAGAAAGUGGAAUAGAAAAUAAGAAAAGUAUAUUUCGUCCAAGUCGAGUAAGACAAAUGUUAGCAUCAAGAGCUUGUCGUGGAGCAGUCAUGAUUGGUAAAGCUCUCAAUAAUAGUGAUAUGCAAAAAUUAAUUACUCAAAUGGCACAAAUGAAAAAUCCUUGGAGUUGUCCUCAUGGUAGACCAACAAUAAGACAUUUAUUAUCAUUAAAUCUUAUAUACUAAUAAAUCAUAUAUUAGUAUUUUAUGUAUUAUAUUAAUAUCUUUAU